AUGCGUAACGCAAAAAAGACUCCUAAAUCCGAGCGUUCCGUACACAGGCACUUGAGCAACGAGGCUGAGCAGGAGGACGUCACCUGCGCUCUCUACUUUAUGAACGUCCGCCGGAGUGACUCUCAGUUCCUUCGCUUGCCUCGACGUCAUCCUCGACUCUCGUCCUGUAUAGUGUCAUUCUCCCGUUGGCUAGUAAUGAUGAAUGGGUCGUCCUCGGAGGAGCACCCCCCCCCCCCCACCGCCCCCUCCACCGCCACCAACACCAAAAGCGCCCUCACGCCCACCGCCCCACCACCCCCACCCCACCCCCACACCCCUCCCGCGCCGCCGCCAGCGUUAGCACUCCAUAAGAGCCAUAACAAAUUCAAGUUUAGGUCCCAUCACCGGCGCUACUAUUGUGUCCGUAACAACUACCCCACGUCAUUAGUGCCUCGUAACCCCGUGCGGAACGGCCUACUGCCAGUCACACCUCAAAGACGUGACGCGGAAUAUACUAAGGGGUUGACCCCGGACAGCCCACCCGCCCGACCGCUAAUGCCACGUCUGAACAAUUGGUAUAAUGUUAAUAUCACGGCAAUGGUGCGUCAUCAGCCCGAGUGUUCCUCAGGCGUCGCACCGCCGUCCGGAGCUGGAAAUGGGCGCGGCAUAGGCCCUUCUACAGAGCCCAAAGGACGCCAUGGAACGAGAGCGUCGUCCUUGGCGUCCCUGGCUCGUCCACUUGAACCGCGUCAAUUAGAAGGACCUUCACGUAAAGACGACCAGGUGGAUGGUCGCGGCUGGAUGGGUGAAGAACGACCUCAGACCACUGGCCAAUCAUCCAUCACCACCGCUACCAGAUACAACUUUAUCAUCCCCUUCAUCAGCUCCAACAUCAACUACAUCACAACCCCUACCACUACCACAGGCAACUUACUCAUUAUCACCGCUGCAACUACUAUAGACAGCUGCAUCACCACAACCACCACCACCACAACCACCACCACUAGCACACAAACACUCUCACUACCAGACACAAUGCAUCACAUACCACCCAACCACCAUAACGACCACCACCACAACGAAGCAAAACCUCAUCCUCUCACCCUCACCAUCAUACACACCCUCACCUACCACCACCGCCACCACCACCGCCACAACCAAACACCACCUGGCCCUCCGCUACCACAGUCGACUCACUCCUCCUCCGCUAACCUCCAGCGCCGCCUUGAACCUCCUCGGCCGCGACCUCCAGAAAGGCAGGCCGGACAUCACGCCAAAUUAUACUCCGCGAUAACAAGCUUCGUUCAAGACAUCAUACCAGAAAAAAACCCUAAGAAAUCCGCCAUCCGCCCCACCGCGCCCACCAUAACCUGCGCCCACAACAUCGCCCACAACUUCCUCACAACCGCAUCGUCCGGAAUCGCCAGCACUGAACCAUCACGAGGAGGCGCAGCGACGCGGCCACGGCAGCAGACCAGCUCCCUCGCGUCCAACGGAGUGUCGAUUAACUAA